UGGAAAUUCAAAACUGCGAUUCGUAACGUUCCCAUUUCGCAUUUCACUCGUUCCUCAAUUUCCUCUCUAAUUCUUAGGGUUUCAAGCAUUUCGUGGAUUUUUCAUGUUUUUGUUUUCCUCCCCAAAUAUGACUACGUUGCCGCCGUCUCUCCCUCCCUCUCAUUCUCAGACCAUUUGCGCUUCUCUCCUUCAAGAAUUGCAGGUAAUUUGGGAUGAAAUGGGGGAAAGUGACGUCGAAAGGGAUAAGAUGCUGCUGGAAUUGGAACAAGAGUGUCUGGACAUUUAUAGAAGAAAAGUGGAAACGACGAGAAAGAGCAAGGCUGAUUUGCAUCACUCUUUGGCUCAAAUUGAAUCCGAAAUCGCCAAACUCGUCACCUCCCUCGGAGAGCAUUCCUUCUCCUCCUCAAGGGGAAAGGGCACACUCAAGCAGCAAAUAUCUUAUAUAAGAUUUGUUUUGGAGGAGCUGAGGUCGAAGAAAAAGCAAAGAAUGAAGGAAUUUACUGAAACCCAGUCACAGAUUGCACAGAACUGUGCAGAAAUAGCAGGCACUGGUCAGUCUAUGCUGCCUUCUGAUCCAGAAGUAGAUGAGCGUGAUUUGACAGUCAAGAAAUUUGAGGAGCUUAAGUCUCAUCUACAGGAGCUUCAGAGUGAAAAGAUUAUCCGGCUACAAAAAGUUAACAGCCAUAUUAGUAUGAUUCAUGAGCUGUCAGUGGUGAUGUCCUUUGAUUUCUCGAAGAGAGUUAGCGACAUUCAUACUAGCCUGAUUUUUCCUGCAAACGGUCAAUCAAAGAGCAUUAGCAAUGAUACUCUUGCUAAAUUGACCGGCGUCGUUAAUUCACUGCAGCAAGAGAAGCAAAAAAGGUUACAAAAGCUUCAAUAUCUUGGGAGCACUUUGAUAGAACUAUGGGAUCUCCUUGAUACACCACCUGAUGUGCGAAAGAGAUAUGAGAAUGCUACUUCCUUAAUUUCUUCAUCAGUUGAUGAGGUCUUGAGACCAGGAUCCCUUGGUCUAGAUAUCAUUGAGCAGGUUGAGGUUGAAGUUCAAGGUUUGAAUGUGCUGAAGGCUAGUAAAAUGAAAGAGUUGGUAUUUAAGAGGCAAAAUGAACUUGAGGAAAUUUAUAGAGGAGUCCAUAUGGAUGUAAACAGUGAUGCAGCUCGGCAGAUUCUUAUCAACCUCAUAGAAUCUGAUAAUGUUGAUUUGUCUAAUCUGCUUUCAAGCAUGGAUGAUCAGAUUGCAAAAGCCAAACAGGAAGCUUUAAGCAGGAAGGAUAUUUUGGACAAGGUAGAUAAAUGGAAACAUGCAUCUGAGGAGGAAAAAUGGCUUGAUGACUAUGAAAAGGAUGAAAACCGGUAUAGUGCAGGAAGAGGAGUGCACAAAAAUCUGAAACGUGCAGAGAAAGCUCGUAGUCUGGUCAGCAAAUUGCCAUCUCUCGUUGAAAAUUUGAUUGUGAAAGUAAAAGCUAGGGAGGCCGAGAAACGAAUCCCUUUCCUAUAUGACAAGACUUCACUCUUAAACAUGUUGGAGGAAUAUACGGUAUUGCGCCAAGCAAGAGAGGACGAGAAACAUAGAUCUCGGGAGCAAAAACGGCUGCAAGAACAGUUUGCUGCAGAACAAGAGGCACUCUUUGGUUCAAGACCAAAGAAACCGUUGGGUCAAACCAAUGCCAUGGUUGGAACAGCAACUGGCCGCCGGAUUUCUACUCCGGCAGGUAAGCAUGCUGUUUCGGGUUUAAAGGAACGUAGAGAAACUGGUAGGGCUAACAAUGUAAUACCGUUGAAUUUCGUUGCCCUCCCAAAGGAAGACCCCAUGUCUCGGGGCAAUUAAGGCUGCCCCAACACCCUGUUGGUAGGACACUAUCGUAAAUGAUGCACAGCAGAAGUUGGAACUCUUUAUCCCAGUCAUUUUAGUACAUUUUCAUAUGAGAUUAAGGAUUCUCUUGUGUUAAU